AUGACAGACGGUCCUACCCCUGCGAGCCAUGGGGGAGACGGCCGACCGGUGGAGUGUACAACGACCAGUAAUCCAUCGUCGACCCUGCCGCUGCUUUACGAUCUCGACGCACUGUCACAAAUCCCGGCAGGCGAGUUCACCAAGGACAUUCCGCCCGCGCCCAUAGGGGAAUUUACGAAACCACGCAAAUCGACGGCACCGACAAAUGCUGGGGAGGCCGGGACGUCGUCGGUGCCGACGAAUGCUGGGGAGACCGGACUGUCGUCGGUGCCGACGAAUGCUGGGGAGGCCGGACCGUCGUCGGUGCCGGACGGAGCGGGCGAUCAGGAUGAGGAAAGUGACGACGCUUCAUCGUGCAGCGACGAUGAAGACGAAGACGACCCACGGCCUCGACGUGGCGCAGGUCCGCGCACGUUGGAAGAGAAGCUCAGGGGGGAACGUGCGUUCAUAGAGGAUCUGUUGGACGAGGACGAGCUUGAGGACCUGUUAAACAUGGCGGUGCCACGAGAACAGUGGAAGGCGGCCGACUUCGUCGAGGAAGAUAUGGUCUACGCGUGCGUCGACGUACUCGUGAUGGAGGCAAUGCGCCACCUGAAAACCCUGGAGGCUAAGAGCACGCUGAAGCUGUACACCUCUUGGAUUUACCACUACAAGAGGUGGGCGGCGAAGAUGCUGAAGGAAAUACGCAACAAGCUUUCGGGUGGGGAAAGAACGAGGCACGUCGACAAAAUCGGGUACUGGAUCCACUGCAACAAGAGCAAGGAUUGGGACAACGAGAAGGUGGUCAAACGGAAGUACAUCUGGCUGCACGGCCCGCGUGUCACUGAGUCGCGACUGCGCGCCUACAUCAAGUUCUUAAGGCGGGAGUACAAGAUCGACGCCGAGACGAACGCGCCGGUGAAAUCGAACACGGUGCACAUGAUCCUAGGCCGCAUCAAGGCCUGCCAGAUGGCGGCGAGGGUGGAGGCGACUCUCUUCAAGGAGAAGGAGUUGGGCAUCAUGCGGGAAAUCUCGGUGGUCCGGUCGGAGGUGCGGGUCAUGGUCCGCACAAAAAAUCAGAACGACGUCAGGAAUUGCGCGGACCAUCGACGCGGCACCAUCGGCGACACAUACACCGCCGAACAGUUCCGCCAGAUCAUGAUGAGGGUGCUGCCAACCUGGGUGGCAUCGGCGUGGAACCCGCGGGCAACCACUCCUUCGCAGACGCUGUGGAGGUUUCUUCUCGUGAAGGUGCUCACGCUACUCUCCCACCACAGUCUCCUGCGUGGGGCCAGCAUCCGCGAAAUCACACUCCCCGACAUCUUCUUGUACCGACUGGCUAGCACCUCGUCGGUGAACCCGGAAAACCAGCCGGUCGUCAUGGUGAUCGCCGCACGGAACUCGAAGACGUCCAAGGAUGCGCGUCUUCAGCAGAGCUACGCGGCGCGGCACCUCGAAGCGGAGUUGUGCGCCGUCGGCGAGACCGGCCUGUGGCUGCACUUCAUCCUCGACCAGAUCCGUCAGUUUCACGGCGUCGACCUCAUCCCGCCGGUGGACACCAGCACGCGCGAGCGCUGGUACAAGAAGCACCUGUUCUUCGCCCGCAACGACGAGGAGCAAAUGGAACUCCCUGCUGCCAGCCACCAGCGAUGGACGAGGCAGAUGUGGAAGACGAACGGUGUGUUCUGCAAGCGGAACGUCCACGCCGCUCGAGCAGGCGGGGCGCAGGAGCUGGCCAUCGACGGUACGUCUCGCGCCGAGAUAGCCGAGCUGGGUCACUGGGCGAUCGACAAGAUGACUCGAGCUUACAUCACCGCCAUUCCCGUCGGCGUGGUGAUGAAGAAGGCCGGCUAUUCGGGUGCCAAACAGGACUACUUCUUGGGUCGCAGCAGGGUGGAACCCGGCGACGAACUCCUGGCGCUCAUCGCCGAGUACAUCUUCCCGGGCGUUGACGACCUGGUUAAGAAGAUCAUGCGCCGCAUUGUCGUCGAAGACCUCGCUGUGAAACUCGUCCGCACCCCUUGGCAUCCGUACGUCCAAUAUUCCAAGCUCUGCAGGAUUCCCCUCUUCCAGCACUGGGCGAAGAGGGUCGAGAAGCUCGACACCGAGACAAUAAAAAAGCGCCGAGACCCGACCCUCAUUCAGCCUGAGGAGAUAUCUGUCCGCUUGGACGCCGAACACGCGGUCAUGUCGCUCACCGACACACUGAAGUACGAGAGGGAAAGGUCGGCGGUCCAGAAGAUAGACCUCGAAGAGGAUAUCGAGAAGCGCGACGCGAUCAUCGCGACGCUGACAGCAGAGAUAACCCGCCUCACAGAGGCACUCCGCGUCUCAGAAGCAAGGAGGAUGCCAGAGGCGUCGCCAGCUGCGAACGAGCAGUCGCCGAGGGACGGUGGCUCCGCGGACUCGGCAAGCACGGGUUCCGGAGCCAAGAAACCCCCGAAACCCCCACAGACAGUCGAAGAGGCUAGUUACGAGCUCAACGUGGUGCAGCCUUGGCGGGAUGCAACGACCGUGAGGGACGCGUGGCGCCUCUGGACCUCUUGCACCAGCGCCGACACCCGUCGUCUGUGCGACAGGUUUGCAGAGCCGGGGUUCGUCGACCGCCACACCCUCCUCAAAGGCGCGACGCAGGGAGCACUCGAGAAGAGGGUGCGCCGCAUGAUGAAGGUCAUUGAUGCAGUGCACCAUCUUCGCCGGAGCGACGGCGAGGCCGACACAGAAGCCGUCGUCGCAGCGCUUAACAAGAUAGUGGCGCCUGGCAUUGGGACCUUCUCGGAUGCACUCACGGUGCUCAACGCUGAUGCCGUAGCGACGUACUCCCAGCCGGGUAAGGGCGUCAAGGGGCUCGGCAAGAGGGAAUUUUCCAAGCUUCGUGUCGCCUGUGCGUUCGUGGCUCGCGGGCUGAAGCCGGAACAGUGGGUCGCUGACCUGUUCCCGGACACCUGGAAGGAGCAGAUGAAGAUGACGUUGGCCGACAUGGCCGGGGAGGACGAUGGGCAGCUGCCCCCGACCAAGAAGUCGCCCAAGCGCAAGAAGACCGCGUAA